AUGCAGCAUGCAGCAAUACUGCAGCUAAAUCAGAGCUGGUAUUUACAGUGAGUGGAAUGUCUUCAUUUGAGAACUUACUUUUCCAAGAACAAGGAGCAGAAAUAUCCUCCUGUGAUUUAUUUGUUUCUACGUCUGGGCAGAGCUGCACUUCCCAACUGCUGUGAAGAGCUGGGCAAGGAUGGAUGGCACAUAAAGCAAAGCAGAAGUCCUGGAGCCUUAGUCACCAGUCUGAUGGACUUUCAGUUCACACUUUGCUCCCCAACACUUGAAUUGUUUCUGUACUGUUGACAAAGGAAACAUGACCUCUACUCUAGGUCCACCACCUCCAUACUACGAGAACAGAGGCUUCCAGCCAGAGCCCCUGUACGCUGCCAGGCAGGCAGCAGGUGCUGCUCCCUACCCACAGCUCUUCUCCACCAACCCUCCCUCCGUGCCAAGCUACGUGCCCAGGGUUGCCACCCACCAGUCCAGCCGGCCAGCAGCGCACCCGCCCAGCAGGACGUGUGCAGCCAGUCUGAGGAAAACCAUAAUAAUAAUAUUAUCUAUAUUAAUAGUCAUUUGUUGUGCAAUUGCUGCUUUCUUCAUCUGGUAUUUUGUAGAGAAUCACUGUCUCAGCUCCCUGAUGGAGUGUGGAUCCUCAGGGGUGUGCAUGUCCCCCUCCCAGUGGUGUGAUGGAGUGAGCGACUGCCCCAACGGCGAGGACGAGACGCGCUGUGUUAGACUUUUUGGACCAAAUUUUAUCCUGCAAGUUUAUUCACCUGUCAGCAAAUCCUGGUAUCCUGUUUGCCAAGAUGACUGGAAUGAUGAUUAUGGGAAGACUGCAUGCAAGGACAUGGGCUACAACGUAGAAACAUAUUUCUACAGUCGUGGGGUAGCACCUGACGCCAGCUUUAAGAGCUACAUGAAGCUGAACACAAGUGCUGGGAACAUAGACUUGUACAAAAAGCUGUACAACAGUGGUUCCUGUGCCUCAGGAAAUGUGGUUUCUCUGCGCUGCAUAGAGUGUGGCCUGUCCAGCAAGAGCGUGAGCAUCAUGAACAGGAUCGUGGGUGGCAGCGGGGCCGUGCUGGGGCAGUGGCCGUGGCAGGUCAGCCUGCAUGUGCAGGGCACCCACGUCUGCGGGGGCUCCAUCAUCACCCACAGCUGGAUUGUGACAGCAGCACACUGUGUGGAAGGGCGACUUUCUGACCCACACAGCUGGAGGGUUUAUGCUGGGAUUCUGAACCAGGAUGAGAUGUUCUUUAGGAGUGGAUACAGAGUGCAGCAGAUAAUUUCCCAUCCAGAUUAUGACACAGACUCUAAAGACAAUGAUGUUGCCCUUAUGAAGCUGGAGACACCACUGAGUUUUACUGAAACUGUGAAGCCAGUUUGUCUGCCCAAUCCAGGAAUGAUGUUCCAGCCUAACCAGCAGUGCUGGAUAUCAGGGUGGGGAGCAGAGCACCAAGGAGGUAAAACAUCAAAUAACUUGAAUUACGUUGCGGUGCCCUUAAUAGAACGUUCGAGGUGUAAUGCUGUUUAUAUCUACAAUGGCAUGAUUCUGCCUACAAUGAUCUGUGCUGGAGACCUAGCAGGGGGAGUUGAUUCCUGUCAGGGUGACAGUGGAGGUCCUCUGGUGACUCUGCACCACUCUGUGUGGUGGCUGGUUGGAGAUACCAGCUGGGGCACUGGCUGUGCUACUCCCAACAAACCUGGAGUGUAUGGGAAUAUGACUGUGUUUACAGACUGGAUUUAUAAAAAUAUGCAGGCAAACAGAUGACAACACCCUCCUUGCUAAUCGAUGUUCCUGAGGACAAGAAUAAAUGAAGCCAUGGGGGCCUGGGAUAUUUAUUCACUUUGCGGUUGAUUUUAUUUUUCCUCUUUGAUUUUUCUUUUUAAAAGUAACAUGAAGGAUUGCACACUUGGUUCUGUGCUGGCUACAGUGAUGGAUCUUAAUCAGUGAAGGUUCAUCACAACAAGCACCUUUCUUCUCCUUGUGGUGCCUGGCAGAGUCAUUCUGUCAACUGCUUGCUGAAAUGUCUCUCUUUUGUUGAGUUACUUUUGCUUGAUGAUCAGGCUUAUAAUGACAAUUUAAAUCACAAUUUAAUUUCAGAUUUUUGUAGCAAGAUGCUAAGACGGUUUAGUAGUUUUUAAAUUAAAUGUUAAGUAAUGUGAAUGUUGAAUCUCUGA